UUGGUUACCAUCAGUGACAUUUCAUGAUUGUUUUUCUCACGAUUUGCGUUGUUUUCACUGAAAAUGUCGAGUUUAGCUUGUCUUCAGAGUUAUGGGAGUGGAAGUGAUACAGAUUCUGAUGCAGAGGAUCCGAAGAUGCCAGAAGUACCUGAAAAACCGGCUAGUGGAGAGUAUUCCUUGGCAAAAUCAAUUGAAAUCUGUGCCAAUCCAAGUGUCAUUCCCACGAGAGAGGCCACAGUGUCCAGAGUUGUUGAUCCGUCAACAAAGGAGUUGGAAUAUAAUCCAAAAUUUGAGGAGCUGUUUGCUCCCGUGAAGGGUCCGGAAAACCCCUUUCUCACUGACCAGAUGAAGGCCACAAAGAACAUGCUGUGUGGCUUUGUGGAGAAGGCACACAUCAGUGCCUUCCAGUUUGAGAAUCAGCGCAGGACUUUUCACACUUUCGGCUACGCUUUGGAUCCAUCAGUGGAUGGCGAGGGCUGUGAUGGACAGAGUUACGUGGGUGAUCUCCAGGCUGCCUACGACACAGAUGGGAAGACAGUAUUUGAGCCAGCCACCUUGCCCACGUCUCAGAGCAAGCGGAAGAGGAAAAAGAACGACAACCCGGAAGAUAUAGGAGGCUUUUUGGGACCAUGGGGGAAGUUUGAAGAUGAGAAGACUGUGGCUGUCCCAACAGAGCAGGAAAAGGCAGAAUUGGAGGAGUUGCUGUCAAAAAAGCACAAGCGUGGAAAGCUGCUGGAGGAGAAGCCUGUGGAGGAGAAGUCUGUGCUGCACAUCAAGGAUGCCAUCGAUUAUCAGGGACGCUCUUUUCUACACGCUCCGCACGAUGUGGGUGUCAAUUUGAGAUCAGACGCUCCGCCAUCGCAAUGCUUCCUACCCAAGGCGCACAUCCAUACGUGGCAGGGACACACGAAGGGCAUAGCGGCCAUCAGACUCUUCCCACGCUCAGGACAUCUCCUGUUGUCAGCAAGCAUGGACACGAGGGUGAAACUGUGGGAGGUGUACGGCGAGAGACGCUGCGUACAGACCUAUUCUGGGCAUCGGCAAGCAGUGAGAGACAUCUGCUUCAACAGCAAGGGCACUCACUUCCUCUCUGCCGCUUACGAUCGCUAUAUCAAGCUUUGGGACACGGAAACUGGACAGGUGUUCUCACGCUUCACUUCUCGGAAGAUUCCGUUCUGUGUGAAAUUCUAUCCCGACAACAGCAAUCUCUUUGUGGCGGGCACAUCGGACAAAAAGAUUAUCUGCUGGGACACUCGCAGUGGCGAAAUUGUCCAGGAAUAUGACAGACACUUGGGAGCUGUUAAUUCCAUAACGUUUGUGGAUGGAAAUCGAAGAUUUGUUACCACGUCCGAUGACAAGAGUCUGCGUGUCUGGGAGUGGGACAUUCCUGUGGAUAUGAAGUAUAUCGCUGAUCCUACUAUGCAUUCAAUGCCCUCAGUCACGCUGUCGCCAAACAACAAGUGGUUGGCGUGCCAGAGCUUGGAUAACAAGAUCGUCAUCUUCUCAGCGCUGAAUCGAUUCAAGAUGAACAGGAAGAAGACCUUCACGGGACACAUGGUGGCAGGAUAUGCCUGUAGUUUGGAUUUUUCACCUGACAUGAGCUUCCUCGUGUCGGGAGAUGGCGAUGGUAAAUGCUAUAUUUGGGACUGGCGAACAACAAAGCUGUACAAGAAGUGGAAGGCGCACGAUGGAGUCUGUAUAAGUUGCUUGUGGCAUCCUCAUGAGCCCAGCAAACUUAUCACAGCUGGAUGGGAUGGACUCAUCAAAUACUGGGAUUAGGAUUUUUGACCAGAGAAGUGAAUAAAUGUGGCAGAAUAGCCAGAAGAUAAAAA